AAAAAGUAUUAGAAACCGUAAAAACAUGCUGAGAUUAUUCAUUAUACAUUCACGUGAUUUGGAAAUUUCUUUUAAAAAGGUGAAAUAUAAACUUCAGUUGAGUUGAUUCAUAGAUUUGGAGUCAAAAGACCAACUCAAUUCUUUAUCAACAAAAUUUGCGUAAUUACAAUUUUAUUACUAUAGGCUCUUAUUUUCAAUGUCUGAUAACAAUUUAAAUAACGACGUUGCCAAAAUUCCAGAUUUUGAUUUAUCUCAAUCUGUUUUUUUAUUGAAAAACCCAGCUCUUUCAUCUCGCCACCCAAAGGCAUUGGAAUAUUUAUUAAGUGAGAUCGAAAAGGAGAGAUUAGGUCCAUAUUAUUGCUAUCUUCACAAUGAUUGUUUUACAAAGGAUAAUUCUGUUUUUCCAUGGAAUGAAGAGUUGUAUAACUCAAUAAAAUUGGAUAAUGAAAAGGAAAUUGCAACAAUUAAAGAUAAGAUAAAAGAAGCGGAAAAUGACGAUGAAGGUGAAUUAGAAAUUGUCAAGGGGUAUACAGAACUAGGAGAAUAUUAUGCUAAGAUUGGAGAUAGAGAGAAUGCAAUUAUUACAUUAAGAAAAGCAUUUGAGUUGACGCCAUCAACAGGAUCUAAAAUUGAUAUUUUAUUAACAAUUUCCAGAAUUGGUUUUUUUUUCGAUGAUUUAAUAUUUAUUAAAAAAAUAUUAGAAGAAACCAGUUCAUUGAUCGAUAAAGGGGGAGAUUGGGAGCGCAGAAAUCGUUUUAAAACAUACAAGGGAAUUUAUUUGAUGUCAAUUAGAAAUUUCAGUGAAGCUUCAUCAUUAUUAAUUGAUUCCUUAACAACAUUUACAUCGAGUGAAAUAUCAAGCUACGAACAAAUUGCUCAAUUUGCAUCAAUAUCAGGGGUUGUAUCAUUGGAUAGAAAAACUCUCAAGAGCAAGAUUGUUGAGUCAUCGGAAAUUUUAUCAUUGAAAUCAUCAUCUCCAGGAUUAUUACCAAUUAUAAAUUUAACUAAUUCACUUUAUAACUGUGAAUAUUCCAAAUUUUUCAAGUAUCUUUCUGAGGUUAACGAUGAAGUCUUAGUUCCCUCAAAGUAUUUAUCAAGACACGCAUCAUAUUAUUUAAGAGAGAUGAGAAGAAAAGCCUAUUCCCAAUUAUUGGAAAGUUACAAGUCUUUGUCAUUAAAAUCGAUGGCAGAUCAAUUUGGGGUCAGUAUUGAGUUUCUUGAUAAUGAUUUAUGUAAAUUCAUCCAAAAUAAUAAGGUCAAUUGUGUUAUUGAUAGGGUCAAUGGAAUUGUCGAGACAAAUAGACCCGACAAUAAGAAUGCUCAGUAUCAAUUAUUGAUUAAACAAGGAGACGCAUUGUUAACAAAACUACAAAAAUAUGGUGCUGCUGUUAGAUUGAGUGGUACUGAAAGAGUUGCAUAGAUAGUUGAUAAUUAUAUAUUUAUUCAACGGUC